CAAAAAGGUGAAAGAGGUUUGCCAGGUUUACAAGGUUUGGUCGGAUUUCCUGGAGUACAAGGGCCAGAAGGGCCCCCAGGAUCUUCUGGAAUGAAGGGCGAUACUGGAGAACCAGGAUUACCAGGAACAAAAGGAACUAGAGGCCCACCAGGUCCAGCAGGCUAUCCUGGGAAUCCUGGCCUUCCGGGCAUCCCUGGAGGAGACGGCCCGCCUGGUCCUCCUGGGAUCCCAGGAUGCAAUGGAACAAAGGGAGAAAGAGGUCCUCUUGGCCCACCUGGCUUACCAGGCUUACCUGGCAAUGUCGGGCCUUCAGGACCUCCAGGAAUAAAGGGAGACCCAGGAGAAAUUAUUGGAAUGGUGCGAGAUGAUUUGCAAAAGGGUGAGAAAGGACUACCUGGCCACCCUGGAUUACCAGGAUCCCCUGGACUCCCAGGUGUUGCUGGCCCUAUCGGACCACCUGGACCUCCUGGAAGACAAGGUUUUCCAGGGCCACCUGGACCUCCAGGUGAGAAGGGUUAUAUGGGCUUGAGUUUCCAAGGUCCAAAAGGGGAUAAGGGUGAACGUGGUGUCAUGGGCCCUCCUGGUCCCGAAGGAACGGAUUCCCAUCGGGAACACAAAGGGAUCAGAGUCAUACGUGGAGAAAAAGGUGCUCCUGGUGAAAAAGGUGAAGCUGGCUUACCAGGGCCACCAGGCCAGAGCAUCAAAGGGGAAAAAGGUGAACCUGGGAAACCUGGUCCACGGGGAAGACCUGGAAAGGAUGGAGAGGAUGGAGAGAAGGGAGAACAUGGACUACCUGGUCAGCCAGGAUUUCCUGGACUUUCUGGCCCAGAUGGACCUAAAGGAGAGAAGGGUGUAACAGGACCUCCUGGACCUCCAGGAAUUGUUACAGAUGAUGAAGAAGAACUAGUGUUUGGUGAAAAAGGAGAUCCAGGACAUCAAGGAUUUCCAGGAAGGAAAGGUGAACUAGGUCCAAAAGGUUUUCAAGGUCUUCCAGGACCACCAGGUCCUCCGGGACAACCUGCUUCAGAGAUCAGGGGACCACCUGGUUUUCCUGGUGACAGAGGGGAAAAGGGUGACCAGGGAGCUCCUGGAAUUUCUUUGCCUGGGCCAAAAGGGAGAGAUGGAUUUACUGGACCUCGUGGUUUACCUGGGCCUCCAGGCCCCCCUGGCAUAACAGAUGGAAUUCUGGGGUGUGAACGUGGUCCACCUGGUGACCAAGGUCCUCAAGGCACCCCUGGACAGGCAGGCUACGCAGGAGAAAGAGGAGAGAAAGGUGAAAGAGGUGAAGGCUGUUUUGAGUGUGAUGGGGCAGGUUUUCCUGGACUACCAGGGCCCCAAGGGCUUCAGGGGGAACCAGGCAUUCCAGGACCACCAGGUGCUAAAGGUGAUAGAGGCCUUCCUGGAUUUGAAGGCAUUCCAGGAGUGGAAGGACCUUCUGGUGUACCUGGUUUGAUUGGAAGCCCAGGACCAAAAGGAGAACCUGGAGAGGUUUUCUAUGACACCAUUGUAAAAGGUGAAAAAGGAGAACCAGGAUUCCCUGGACAACCAGGUAUUCCUGGUAAAGAAGGAAGGCCGGGACAGGAUGGUCUACAUGGCAUCCCAGGACCUAAAGGAGCAUCAGGAACCAUUGGAUUAAAAGGAGACCGUGGACUCCCAGGAAUAGGUGGUUUUCCAGGACCCCCUGGAGACAGAGGUUUUCCUGGUCCCCCAGGAGUUGGGAGUUCUGGACUACAUGGUGACAAAGGGGAAAAGGGGGUUUCUGGAAUCCCUGGGACCCCAGGACUUCCAGGUCCCAAAGGUGAAGCUGGACAUGUCAUUACUGUGACUGGUCCUCAAGGGCUCAGAGGUUUUCCUGGACAACCUGGAAAUCCAGGCCUCCAAGGUGACAAGGGAGACCCAGGGAUCCCAGGAAGACCUGGCCUGCCAGGUGAAAAAGGUCUGACAGGGCCUGCAGGAAUUGGAUUUCCUGGCCCUUCAGGGCCCCCAGGUUUUCCUGGUCAGCCAGGUCCACAAGGUUCAAGUGGAGAGAAGGGAGAUCUUGGUCUCCAAGGUCCCCCAGGUGCAGCUGGAGCCAAAGGACAGAAGGGUGAAGCUGGAUUAGGUCUCCCAGGCACUAAAGGUUUUCCUGGUCUCCAAGGACGAGAUGGCUCUCCUGGACCAAAAGGCAGCCAGGGACUUCCCGGUGUGCCAGGGGAAAAAGGGUUUCCUGGUGUCCCUGGCCAGGCAGGAUCUCGAGGUGAACCGGGUCCUCCUGGAUUACCAGGUUUACAGGGUUCCCCUGGUGAGCCCCAUAUGGGCCCCCCUGGCCCCCCUGGCCCCCCAGGACAAUUCGGGCCUCCAGGACCAAUAGGGCAUCCAGGGAUCAAAGGUGAGAGAGGCCACCCAGGUAUCCCUGGGCUAGGUACGCCAGGGAUUAAAGGAGAUAAAGGGGCCCUAGGACCGCAAGGGUUACCAGGUGUGCAAGGGUUACCAGGCCUACCUGGUUUAGAGGGACAACAAGGACAUCCAGGGGUUCCAGGACUGAAAGGAGAAAUGGGAAUUAUGGGUACCCCUGGAAUCCAAGGUCCUCCUGGCCCUAUAGGAACUCCUGGAACUCCAGGUGAAAAAGGUAGCAUAGGUUUUCCUGGAGUGGCAGGACCCAGAGGUGAUCUGGGUUUAAAAGGUGAAAAAGGUGAAGCUGGUCUCCCAGGAGAGCCAGGAUCAAUGGAUCAGGUUGAUAUGGAAAACCUGAAAGGCCAAAAAGGAGAACAAGGAGAUAAAGGAGCAAAGGGGAUAAUAGGAGAGAAGGGAUUUCAAGGGAUUUCCGGCAGUCCAGGAAUGCCAGGGAAGGAUGGGGAUCCUGGUUCGCCAGGCCAACCAGGUCUUCCAGGUAUUUCAGGCUUCCCUGGAUUCCCAGGCCUCAAAGGGCAACCUGGCCUUCCAGGUUCUCCAGGUCUUCCAGGAGUGCCAGGUGAAAAAGGACAAAAAGGAUCCGCAGGCUUGAGUGGUUUGCAAGGCUUAAAAGGAGAAUCAGGUGACCUUGGACCACCUGGUCCACAGGGAACUCCUGGAGGAAAAGGUGAGCCAGGUUAUGAUGGAAUCCCAGGCCCUCCUGGUUCAAAAGGGGAUCCAGGUCUUCCAGGUAGAGGGUUUCCUGGACUUCCAGGUGAAAAGGGAGAAAGAGGUGCUAAAGGAGAUGUGGGCUCUCCAGGAAGUCCUGGAAGUCCUGGAAUUCCUGGUAUAAAGGGAGACAUUGGAUUCGUUGGCCCACAAGGUCCCCCAGGCCAACCAGGCACUCCUGGGUUACCAGGGAAGGCUGGUGAGGGACCCAAGGGUGACCGGGGACCCCAAGGGCAACCUGGGCUUCAAGGGCUUCCUGGGCCUCAAGGAUCUCCAGGGGUUCCAGGAUUACCAGGAGGAAAAGGAGAAAAAGGAAGCCCAGGUUGGCCAGGAACAUCUGGGAAACCUGGACCCAAAGGUGACCUGGGAUUUCCAGGAAUCCCAGGCAAUCCUGGUUUCCCUGGAACUUCGGGUCAGAAAGGUGACAUGGGACCUCCUGGAAUUCCAGGUCCCCAAGGUCUAAAAGGUUCUUCAGGUUUCCCUGGAUCCAAAGGAAUACAAGGUGACCACGGGUUUCCUGGAGCUAAAGGUUUGCCAGGCCCACCGGGUCCUCCAGGUCCUUUCCAUCUUGUGAAAGGCGAAGCAGGCCUACCUGGUCUUUCAGGCCCUGCUGGCCCCAAAGGAUUUCCUGGUCUUCCAGGAACAAAAGGACAACAAGGUGUAACAGGACCUGCGGGUUUGAAUGGUCCCCCAGGAAUACCAGGGUUUGAUGGCACACCUGGUCAGAAAGGAGAAAGUGGCCCUGUGGGUCCCCCAGGUCCUAGAGGCUUUCCUGGCCCACCUGGUCCUGAAGGCAUGCCAGGGGCGAUGGGCCCACCAGGCAGUCCCUCUGUGGCUCAUGGUUUCCUUGUGACCAGGCACAGCCAAACCACAGAAGAGCCCUCCUGUCCAUUUGGGACGAGACUCAUGUUCUAUGGAUAUUCUUUGCUUUAUGUACAAGGCAAUGAACGAGCCCAUGGCCAGGAUUUGGGCUCCGCUGGAAGUUGCCUACGUAAAUUCAGCACAAUGCCUUUCCUAUUCUGCAAUAUUAACAACGUCUGCAAUUUUGCCUCGAGAAACGAUUACUCUUAUUGGUUGUCAACCCCUGAGCCCAUGCCAAUGAGCAUGGCUCCUCUGACAGGAGAAAGCAUCAGACCUUUCAUUAGCAGGUGUGCUGUAUGUGAAGCUCCUUCUAUGGUGAUAGCAGUUCACAGCCAAACAAUUCAAAUUCCACCAUGUCCAGAAGGCUGGAACUCUCUGUGGAUAGGCUACUCCUUUGUGAUGCACACCAGCGCGGGAGCGGAAGGCUCUGGGCAAGCACUGGCCUCUCCGGGCUCCUGCCUUGAAGAAUUCCGCAGCGCCCCGUUCGUUGAGUGCCAUGGGAAGGGCACCUGCAAUUAUUACGCCAACGCCUACAGCUACUGGCUUGCCACCAUUGAGAGGAAUGAAAUGUUCAAAAAACCUACGCCUUCCACACUGAAGGCUGGAGAACUACACUCAAAUGUUAGCCGCUGCCAAGUCUGUAUGAAAAGAACAUAAUGACUUCCCCAUUGUACCUAAUUUCACAAUAUGGUGCUAUUCUGUUAACAGCAGUGAAGCUUAGGCAUAUAUCCUCUGUACCUCACUGUUACCAGGUAUAAAGCCAUCAAGUGCCUUACAGGAAUCUGCCUGACUAAAUUCUCUACGUUUUUGGCCUUUGUAUGCUGAAGAGGAAGAAGAUACAAUGGAGACAAUGCUUCAGAUGGCACUUUUGAGGAAACCUGAUUUUGUACGUCAAGGUGAUGCACUGAAGCCUGCUCUAAAUAAAAAAGGAGGAUCCAGUUCUGCCCCAUGUGUGCAACUCCCUUUUUCCAAGUGCAUGCUUUACAUAUAUGGGAUUCUAUCAUAGUUAGGAUGUUUGUUAGACAAAUUGACCCAUACCAACAGGACGUCUGGACCCAAAGUAUUGUUGGAGAGCAAUAGUCCUGACUGACACAGCAGCAUGCCAGUGUUUCCUCUUGCAUGGCAUUAAAAGGCCUGGACCUAAGGAAGCAGAAUUCUGGCUGAGAGAUUGAAGGUUUCUGCUCUGUGGUACUACAUGGCCCUUUCUAGUCCACCUUCCUGGGGAAUACAGGUUGGACCAGCGUGUGUGCAAGCCGAUUGGUGUUGAAUAUUUAUAUACUAGCCAUUCCGCAAAUGAAGCAUUGAACGCUUUUUAAUUAUAAGGUAUUUUUCCUUAGUAUCCACUCUCAUGUUAGAGGAUAUAUGAGAAAUAACUAAUCCUCCUAGAUAAUGAUCAAAUUGUCUAGAAAAAAAAGCUAGUCAACUACCUGGUGAUUACUCCAGUAAUAUUCAGAUCUUGAGCUUCUUCUUUAUGUAUUUAAUAUUUUCAGGGUUUUAAAGCACUAAUACACUGAAUGACUUGAUUUUAAUAUAUAAACGGCCUUAUGAUUUGGUUGAAUCUUUUAGUUAAUAAACCCACAUGCUUAUAUUGGGUUUCUAUAAAAUAUGCUGAUAAUUCAAAAAAUCAUAUGUAAAACAGGUUGUAUAAAAAUUAUAUUAAAAUACUUUUUAAAAUAGUCCCUCUUGGUAAAUCCUUCACA